AAACGGAUUAAAACGUUCAGAUUUUUAGGAGACGAGAACAAAAAGGUCACCACAAGACUAACAUGAGCGAAGCGACUGCGGUCAAACAGCUGGACUGGUAAACAGGAAGUCAUCAGGGUGGGAUUUCUCAGGGCUGAUAUAUAGCCAGGGUCUGAGGCGAGGAGAAACCAGACGCACUCCAAGCUUCUGAAUAUUUGCUUCUUCUCGGUGAGGUAAUUUUCUCAGCCUGCAAACAUGAAGCUCUUUCUAUUCGCUGCCCUCCUGGCCUCCGUUUCCUGCGUGAUUUCAGCAAAGAAACUGCUGCUUGUUGGAGGUGUGAACGGUCUGAACCCUGGUGUCGUGGGUCUGAACCCCAAUUUGUUGGGUCUAAACGGAGGACUGUUGAAUCCCGGGCUGGUGGUUGGAGGCGUGAACCCAGCGCUGAUCGGAGGAGGUGGAGCUUUCUUUGCUCAGCCUCCCAUCGGUCCAAUGUAUCCUGCCAUCCCUCCAUACAUGCUCCAGCCUCAGUUCGGAAUGCCCAACGCUCCACCUCAGAUCCCUCAGCAGGUCCCCUUCCAGCCUAAUGGGGGAAUGCCCUUUUUGCCCCCUGUGAACCGUCAGGUUGCUCCGCCUCAGCAGCAGGCAAUGGGGCAAAUGGCCGCAGGAGGAAACGGGCAGCAGGCACAGGGUGACAUGCCCGCCGGACCUGCGCCACGCUUCAGGCGCGCCCUCCGCUGGAGAAAGCAGGACAAUUCUGUCGCUCAGGUGACCCCGAGUCCGACUACAAGCGAGCAGCCUGCUGUGUGAAUCCUCCCGACUCGAGGACUGACCCCAGGAACAGCUCCUUCUUUUCUUUUUUAAAUCAUGAAAUAUAGAAAUUGUAGAAGUAAGAUGAUUGUUAGAAUUAGAUUGGAAAUAGAAUAAAAAAAUCAAUGAAUUCAUUCUGAAUUUAUUUGAUGACGAUUAAUAAAAAUGU